UUGCCGUGCACGGCGGAGCCGGAGUGGACCCUAAUCUUUCCGUGGAGCGCCAACAAGAAGCCAAGGCACUGCUCACUCGUUGCCUUGAUCUCGGCAUAUCCGCCCUCCGGUCGGGUCACCCUACCCUCGAUGUCGUUGAGCUCGUCGUGCGUGAAUUGGAAACGGACCCUCUGUUCAACUCCGGCCGUGGAUCUGCUCUAACGGAGAAUGGGACGGUGGAAAUGGAGGCGAGCAUCAUGGACGGGAACGGCAGGCGAUGUGGCGCCGUAUCGGGGCUGACAAGAGUGAAGAACCCCGUCUCUCUCGCCCGCCUCGUGGUGGAGAAGUCGCCGCACUCUUAUUUGGGCUUUUACGGUACCGAGGAAUUCGCCAAGAAACAGGGAGUGGAAAUGGCAGAGAAUGAUUACUUCGUGACCAAGGAAAAUAAGGAGAUGUUGAAGCUCGCAAAGGAAGCCAAAACCAUUGUGUUUGAUUACAGAAUUCCACUAAAAAAAUGAGCGAUGUGGCGGCGGAGAGCCCAAUACAGAUGAACGGGCUUCCGAUAAGCAUUUACGCGCAGGAAACGGUAGGAUGCGUGGUGGUGGAUGGCGAGGGGAG